AUGGAGCAAGUGGCUCAGCAGUUCACGGACUUUUACUACUCCACCUUCGAUGCCGAUCGCUCCCAAUUGGGCUCGCUUUACCGCCCUCACUCGAUGCUCACUUUUGAGGGCUCCCAAAUACAAGGUGCUCAGGGCAUCGUUGAGAAGCUUGUGAGUCUGCCUUUCCAGAAGGUCCAGCACAAGGUUGACACGCGCGAUGCUCAGCCGACGGGUGAUGGUCAGAGCCUGGUUGUGCUUGUGACCGGCAUGCUUCUUGUCGACGAUGGUCAAAAUCCGCUCAAGUUCAGCCAGUCCUUCACUCUGGUUCCGGAGGGUGGCUCGUUUUACGUGUUCAAUGACAUCUUCCGGUACGUUUUAUAUGUCGAACUAAUACGUCCCAGUCUCAACUAUGGUUAA